UAUUUUGCUAUAAAAGAAAGCUCUGAAAACCCUAGUUUCUUCGCUCGCCUCCGUUCUGGUCCAUCUGAGAAGGCAAUGGCUCCGAAGCAGCCGAAUUCUGGUCUCUUUGUUGGACUUAACAAAGGCCAUGUUGUUACAAAGAAAGAGUUGGCUCCACGCCCCUCAGAUCGUAAAGGAAAAACUAGCAAAAGAGUUCUCUUUGUGAGGAGCUUGAUCCGGGAAGUUGCUGGGUUUGCACCAUAUGAGAAGAGAAUCACUGAGCUUCUUAAAGUUGGAAAGGACAAGAGAGCACUAAAAGUAGCUAAAAGAAAGCUCGGAACUCACAAGAGGGCUAAGAAGAAGAGAGAAGAGAUGUCGAGUGUUCUCCGCAAGAUGAGAGCUGGUGGAGGCGGUGAGAAGAAAAAGUGAAACCUGUCUGAUUAAUUUUGAAGCCUCAAAUUCCCAAAAUCUUAAAGACAUGUUUUAGAUUUUGCUAUUUUUGUUAUCCAGAAUGAAAUUCAGUUGCAUUUUCAACCUUGUGUUAGAUUAAUUAUGAUGGUUUUUAGAACUUAUAUUUUAAUUUUUACGUGUCUUCUUAUUUGUACGAACCUUGGGCCAUUUGUAUCUUUUUUGAUAUAAUUGCCAUUAGCCUUGAGAAUGCUUUA